AUGGCCUCCGUCUACAAGACAGUCUCCAAAAAGAAGUCCCGCGAACUCGCGAAACAACAAGACCAAGAUGAAGAAGAUGUUAUGAUGGAGGAAAUGCUCAACGAUGCCGACGAUACGAGCGAUAGUGAAGAAGAUGAGGAGGAAAAUACCGCCGAUUCAGCAAAGAAGCAGCUGUCCGCAGGUCUCAUGCCUAAGACCCGUGUGCUUAUGCUCACCUCGCGAGGUGUUACAUCUCGUCACCGACAUCUUCUCUCCGAUAUCACCUCAUUACUCCCUCACAGUCAUAAGGAAAGCAAGCUGGAUUCGAGGAAGAAGGCCGCUGGUUACAACCUACUUCUGAACUCUCUCGCCGACCUACACUCCUGCAACGUGAUUUUCUUCCUCGAAGCCAAGAAGAAUGGACAAGAUUUAUACCUGUGGCUUUCACGGCCGCCGAACGGGCCUACGAUCAAAUUCCAUGUCAACAACUUGCACACCAUGGCGGAAUUGAAUACUGGAUUUGCUGGUAACUGUCUGAAGGGUGGUCGCGGGAUUGUCGUUUUCGACCAGUCGUUUGACGAGCAAGGCCCCGUCAUGAGCCAGCCUGGAAACGAGUACCGGGGACUGAUCAGGGAGAUGCUCCGUGGUGUCUUCUGUGUACCAAAGCGUGGUGUCAAGGGAAUGAAGCCUUUCAUCGACCGUGUCAUUGGAAUCUAUGGUGUCGAUGGCAAAAUCUGGAUCCGUGUUUUCGAAAUCAGAGAGUCGGAAGGCGGAGGCAAGAAGAAGGAUGGUGAGGAAGAAGCUGAAAAGCCUGUUCACAACCCCAAAGACGGCCCCGAACUUUCUCUUGUUGAGAUUGGGCCUCGGUUCGUCCUCACGCCCAUUGUUAUCCUGGAAGGUAGCUUCGGUGGCCCUGUUAUCUACGAAAACAAGGAGUACGUGAGCCCGAACCAGGUCCGUCGUGACAUUCGGGUUAGCAAGGCCGCGCGGUAUGCCAAGCGGAGGGAUGUACAAACUGAGCGACUAUCCAAGCGGUCAGACUUGGAGUUGGGACAGGGUGAGCGGAAACCGGGCGCUCUGGACACCCGGGUGCUUUUCGGAUAA